AAACAUUCAACUGAUCAGCAGCUUUUUCUCAACAGCUGAAUCUCUGCCAAACACUGAGUGUCGAUAUGUCUGCUGCCAGCUGUCUGCUGACUGAAGAUCAGUUUCUGUGCUCCAUCUGUCUGGAUGUGUUCACUGAUCCAGUCACCAUACCAUGUGGACACAACUUCUGUAAAACCUGCAUCACUGAACACUGGAAUAUCAAUGUCCAAUGUCAGUGUCCCAACUGUAAUAAGGUUUUCUACACAAGACCUGAGCUGCAGGUCAAUACUUUCAUCUCUGAGAUGGCUGCUCAGUUCAGACAGUCAGCUCAACAGAAAGCCAGCAGCAGCAGCAGCUCAGAGCAACAAGUGUCCAAACCAGGAGAAGUUCCCUGUGACAUCUGCACUGGAACCAAACUGAAGGCCCUGAAGUCCUGCCUGGUGUGUCUGGAGUCCUACUGUGAGACUCACCUGGAGCCUCAUCUGACAAGAUCAGGCCUGAAAAGACAUCAGCUGAUCGACCCUGUGGAGAACCUGGAAGGCAGGAUGUGUACGAAGCACGAUAAACUGCUGGAGCUGUUCUGUAAGACCGACCAGAUGUGUGUCUGCAUGCUCUGCACUGUUUUAGACAACAAGACACAUGAUGUUGUUCCUCUGAAAGAAGAAUAUGAGCGAAAGAAGGCCGAGCUGGGGGCUGGGGCUGAUAUUCAGCAGAUGAUCCAGAAUAAACAACUGAAGAUUCAGGAGAUCAAACACUCAGUGGAGCUCAGUGAGGAAGAUGCAGACAGAGAGAUAGCAGGAGGUGUUCAGGUCUUCACCGCUCUGAAGGAGUCUGUUGAGAGAAGCCAGGCCGAGCUCAUGGACACGAUCAAAGAGAAGCAGAGAAAGAUGGAGAAACAGGCUGAAGGCUUCAUCAAGGAGUUGGAACAGGAAAUCUCUGAGCUGAAGAAGAGAAGCACUGAGGUGGAGCAGCUCUCACAGUCUGAAGACCACUUCCACCUCCUGCAGAGCUUCACAUCCCUGAACACUGCUCCGCCCACUAAGGACUGGACACAAGUCAGCGUCCGUCCACCUUCAUAUGAGGGGACUGUGCUGAGAGCUGUUAAUCAGCUGGAGAAGAAGCUCAGUAAACAGAUGAAGAAAGUGUUUGAGGUCGACCUGAAGAGGGUUCAGCAGUCUGCAGUGGAUGUGACUCUUGAUCCUGAUACAGCACAUCCUGAACUCAUUCUGUCUGAUGCUGGAAAGCAAGUCAAACAUGGUGAUGUAAGGAAGAGUCCUUCAAACAAUCCAGAUAUAUUUGAUUGUUGUGCUAGUGUCUUAGCAAAGCAGAGAUUCUCUUCAGGGCGAUUUUAUUACGAGGUUCAGGUUAAAGGGAAGACUGACUGGGAUUUAGGAGUGGUCAGAGAGUCGAUCAACCGGAAGGGACAAAUAACUGCGACUCCUCUGAAUGGUCUCUGGACAAUAUGGUUGAGGAAUGGAAAUGAGUACAAAGCUCUUGCCGACCCUAGAGUCUGUCUCUCUCUGAAGUCUCGUCCUGAGAAGGUGGGGGUGUUUGUGGAUUAUGAGGAGGGUCUGGUCUCCUUUUAUGACGUUGAUGCUGCAGCUCUCAUCUACUCCUUUACUGGCUGCUCCUUCACAGAGAAACUCUACCCAUUCUUCGGUCCCGGUGUUAACUAUGGUGGUAAAAACUCUGCCCGUCUGAUCAUCUCUCCGGUCAAUCACACUGAGUAGAACAACCAUUACCUGCCUUCCAAACUGUUGAAUCAUCAAAAACAUUGUAUUUAGAAAUAAGUAUUUUCACAUUCCUUGAUGUCUGGGUGCCAAAUUCAAAACUUAAAAUUGUCUAGAUCAUUGUAUAAAAGUAGUGUUGCAUACUGGCACAAAUUACUGGGUAAAGUUAUGCAGCACUUA